UUAGUAUUUAACUAAUUCCAGACACGACAAGUUAUCAGAACUUAUAUUUAGCACUAAUUAAACAUCAAGUAUUUAAAUUUUUAUUUAUUAUUUUGUGUUAGUUUAAUAAUAAUGAUAUUUAUUUAUUCACUUCCAUUUGUCAUGACGAGGAGUAAGUUAUUUUUUUAUUACGGAGGCAAUUUGAAUAUAAAUUAGAAUAAAUGUAUUGCUAUGAUAUGAAGAGAGAAUAUAAUUUUGAAAUCCAAAUUUCGUGCUUGAAUAUUUGAGUGAACAUACAAGAUCUCACGGGGAGCUAAUUGUUUAGCAAAUAACCGAGAAUAUGACAUAGAGGAGCGUGAAUCUCGUGAACAAGUGGUGGCUGGUAGAGUAGAGAAAUACCACAGAUAGAUGUUAAUAUGUCUGACAAUGUCGGUUGUUGAACAUUAACCAUCCUACACUUGUUUUAUCUCCGUGUUACUCAAACGAAAAGAUAAUAAAAAAAAAAGAAAUCCAACAAAAGCACGUGAUCUCCCGCUAACUCGAAACAGUCAGCAGUUUAUAUCAAAAAAAAUUUUUUUUUCGUCGACGAGCUAUAAAGUAAUAUUUGAACUCACAUUACAGGUUUCGAUACACAGAGGUAAUUUCACGGAAGUAAAAUAAUAAGAAGAAAAAGCAAGAAACAUAAAAGAGAAGAAAAAAAAAGAGAAACCUCGAGAUGUGGAAGGGCCACGAGGGAUUGACGUUAUAUAUCCUGGUGUUGUAUAUCCUCCUGUAUACAAUGAAUCCGGUAGACACCGACGAGAGAUCUCUGUCCAGAAGAAAACGUUAUGUAGUUUUUCCGGAAGGCUCAAGCUUUUCCAUUGCAUUGUGUAUGACCGUACACACACUGACUCCCGACAAUAUAUUUACCGAAGGUUUAAAUUGGGGAAUAUCUUAUGAUUUACCGAAUGAAAGUAAACCGUCAUUGGAUCCGUUUCUUCAAGUUCGUCGUAAGGAUCACCAGUCGGGUGAUUCAAUAAAGCAGCGUUAUCCUGAGUUACUCAAGACAGAUCAAUGGAUUCAAAAUGGAAAUUCACUCGGCUACGAAAAUUGGAAUAAGGGGGCUUACAGUUACAAUGCACUUGACAAUUUUAAAAAUAGUAACAAAAAAAAACCAGGAUCUACCAGCAAAACCAAGAUGCACUAUCGGAAAUCGGAUUACGACUACUUUAAACGACGACAUCGGCGGGAACUUUAUAACAAGCUCGAGGUCAUUAUAAACGCAAUGGGAUUCAAUGGACGUAUUUGCAUUUUACGUGCCCUGUGUGAAGCCUCUCAGCGUCUAAUGCCAAAGGGGAAUACUCUGGUUGAAGAAAUGAUGAGGAUAGCAUUCUCGCUGCCUUUGAAGCGAGUCCUGAUGCCCUAUGAGCCUAAAGAACAUCACAUAUAUACGGAAGCACAUCGUGCUGGGCACAAGGGCACCAGAUGCGAGUCCAUGUUCUCAGGAUGCUCGUUUUCACUGAUAGACAUGGCCUUGGGCAAAUACAGUAUCAAGUCUGACGACUACGGGAACAACAUCCAAUCUAAUAAUCUGAAUGUUCAUGAAGCUGUGGACGAUUCUGUUGGAAACUCUCUGAUGAGAUACAACAUGAAGUAAUAGUAAUAAUAAUAAUAAUGAUAAUAAUAAUCAUAAUAAUAAUAAUAAUAAUAAUAAUAUAAUGUAUAAGUAAAUCUAUUUUCCAACAUGAAAGCUUUGUUGUGCUAUUGCUUUUACUUAUUUACUCCGGUUGUGAAGUAGAUGAUUAUUAUGGCUCAAAUUUUUGUUCUAUUUUUAGUAUAAAUAUCUAUUUAUUUCUAAUUGUUUUGAUAGUGUAAAAUUAAUUUAUAAGAAUAGAAUCU